UCCCGACGCAGAUUGUAGGUUUCUGAGGGCGUGGAAGGUGUUUCUGACAGAAAUGUGACUCUGCUUUGUCCGCUGGUUGGAAUAACUGCUUCAAAUGUCUCUUAUUUCACAACUCCUGUUCACUUAAUUUGAUGCACUAUUCUGAGAUGUUUUGAAGAAUAAUGGAAUAAAAACAAGAACUUGGUAAACGUUUCUUUAUAAACCAGGUUAAAACUGUGCUUCAUGAAGGCUUCUGUCAAUCGUGUUGAAGGGUACAACCUAGGAGAUUCUUUCUUUUUGCCGCAAAUGCAUUUUACCUGACAAUGUCGAUUAUUGUUGUGGACCUUGGUCUUGCAGAACAAAAAUUUCUUCAGCAAAGUGGUUCUUGAAGCUUAUCGAAGACAUUCUAAAAUAUUCAAUUAAGUAUGUUUAUCAGUAGCAUCACUCCAAAACAUUAAACAUCCAAACAUUGCUGCAAAUCAACUUGUUAAACAUGCAAAAAGCUGCUGUGUUCCUAUUUUCUAAUCUGCUGAUCAGAUAUCUACUCCAUUCAGAAGCUUUUCUACCAGAUUAUACACCAAGAAAAACUGUGAAUUUUGAAGAUGCAAAUCUGAAAACGUUCACUGAACAAAGAAUCUCUAAUUACUCAACAUUGCUGCUUAGUGAGGAGCAUAACCUAUUGUUUGUAGGAGCCAGAGAUGCAAUCUUCGCACUCAAUAUUGACAAUGUUUCAGAUAGUAUUUCGCAAGCAAUAUGGGCUGUUCCUGAAAGCAAACGGAAUGAGUGUAUGUACAAAGGAAAGUCAAGAGAGACUGAUUGCCGCAACUACAUACGCAUUCUCCAACGUUUAACUGAAACUAGAAUGUACGUUUGUGGAACAAAUGCAUUUCAGCCGACAUGUGAUUAUAUGGUAAUUAACAAUGGCAAAAUUGAACUGGAAAACAAGCCAGAAGAGAGUAAAGGACAGUGCCCAUUUGACCCUAUUCAGAGAUAUGCCUCUUUGAUGGUUGAUGGAGAAUUCUACUCUGCAACAGCCAAUAACUUCCUUGGAACUGAGUAUAUUCUAUUGCGUAGCCUGCAAAACAACCUGAGGUCUGAAAACUGGAUUUCCUGGCUAAAUGAUCCUAAUUUCAUUCACUUGGAUGUGGUGCAAGAGAGUGAAAGUGCUGGUGGAGAUGAUGAUAAAAUCUACCUUUUCUUCAGUGAAACUGCUGUUGAGUUUGAAUUUUACAAUAAACUUGUGGUUUCAAGAAUUGCUCGCGUAUGUAAGGGUGAUCGUGGUGGUCAGCGAAUUCUCCAGAGGAAAUGGACCACCUUCUUGAAAGCCAGCCUACUGUGCUCUUCCCCAGACUUGAAAUGUCCAUUUAACAUCAUUCAAGAUGUUUUCAUGCUGAAGACAUCAAACUGGAGGAACAAUAUUUUCUAUGCAGUUUUUAUUUCUCAGUGGGGAAAACAGGACAUUUCUGCAAUUUGUGCCUUCAGUAUGGAAAAAAUUCAGGAAGUGUUCAAUGAAGGGAAAUACAAGUCACAUGUAAUGGUAGAACAAUCUGAAAUGAAAUGGGUGAUGUACAGAGGAACAGUCCCCAGUCCUCGUCCUGGAGCUUGUAUCAACAAUAAUAUUCGUUCAAAUGGAUUCAAGAGUUCUCUAGAUCUGCCAGACACGACACUCCAGUUUGUAAGGGAACAUCCUUUGAUGGAUGAUGUCGUUACCCCUAUCAACAAUGAACCAAAGUUAAUUAAAGAGGCAACAAAGUACACCCAAAUUGUUGUGGAUAGAGUUGUUGCUGCCAAUCAAAAAGAAUAUGAUAUAAUUUUUCUGGGAACGGACAGUGGAUACCUGCAUAAGACACUCAGUUUGAAGACAGAAACAUUUAUUAUUGAGCAGGUGCAGCUGUUUAUUUCCGCAGAACCAGUUGAAAACCUACAGCUUUCUUCGCAAAGGGGUCAGUUAUACAUUGGAUCUCCAUCACAAGUUGUACAAGUGCCUGUGGCUGUUUGCACACAGUAUGUUAAUUGUUGGGACUGUGUGCUGGCAAGAGACCCUUACUGUGCAUGGGACAAAAAUACAAGGCAUUGUAUUGACAUUUCAAAGAAAAAAACUGGUGUUCUGAACUUAAUUCAAAACAUAGAGAACGGAGAUCCUUCAGAAUGCUCCACCCAUGAAGAAUUGAAAACAGAAAUCCGAAACAUUAUUCCUGGAAACAGUCUUGUGUUGGAUUGCCAGUCGACAUCUAACUUGGCUCACAUUCAAUGGUUACGAAAUACUAGUGUGAUUCCAGCAACAAAUACAAAAUAUCUCUACUUCACUGGUGGGCUAUUAAUAUUUAAUGUUUCUGUAGCAGAUGAAGGACAAUAUGAUUGCAGAUCUGUUGAAACAGUGGCUGGGAAAUCAUUUGGGCAAGUCACGGCAAGAUACCUCCUCCAUUCUGUGCACAGAUCUCACAUGGGUCAACAACCAAUUCCAACUGAAGCACUUACUGAUGAUAAACCUGCAAUUUCCAUUGUGCCAAUCUCUGCAGGCAAUAAUGUUCGUGUGGGUAACUUGUCUAUGACACGGAGUUACCUUCAGACUGAAUUUACAUUAAAGGGUUUCCUGGUACUUUUUGUCAUGAUGUUCAUACUUCUCCUAGCAUGGAAUCUUUAUAAAGGUCAUGUGCCCUUGCCUUUACGUCCAUCAAGGAAUGGAAAUACAAGAAGAAUGCCAACAGCCCUUCCUAGCAACUCAGUGCAACAAUUAGAAGAGAAACCACCAUCACCUAAGCCCCCUCAAUUAGAAGCUGCAGUCAGCAAUGUUGACCUCCCGCUUACUGCUGUUGUGAGUGAAGGUUCAGUUGAGAAGAAUAGCAAUAAUAACUCUAUACCACUAGAAAAUGCUAACUCCAGCUCUGCAAGGCCAUUGUUUGUCCUUGAUGAGUUAGAAUAUAUUGAUGCGGAUCACACUGAAUCAAAAGCAUAAGGAAAGGAUACUAAUGGUUCAAGAAAUCUCAAGGUGUGAAUUGCUGUGUGAGAAGUACCAGGCAAUGCUGUCGGAUCUUUUUUAACUCUCCUAUCCUUUACAUCGCCUUUGACAAACUAAUGCACAUCUUUUUGAAAGGAGCUACUUUACCUGGACUAAUGUUAAUGUGAGAAUAUGAGUUAUACGUUCAACAACAGAUCAUAGACUUAGAGAUCUUACAAAAGAUAUGGAAUUCUACUUUAUAUCAUUUUACACUUAAAAAUCUACAAUUUUCAAAUACUAAAACAUUAUAUUGAAAAGGUACUAUAAGGUUAACUCAGUAGUCCAGCACUCCCAGCAAGGAAACCAUAAUUGAAUGCACUAUGGAUUGGUAAUAAGAAUACAAUUUCCAACUCUCUGACUCACAUUCUGUGUAGCUAUCCUCUGGGAGCAUGGAUUCGCUGAAUUUUCCCAUCACUCUUCUAAAAGGACCAUAUGAUACCUAUGCUGCUGUGAUUCAGUCUUACUCUGUUUUUGUUUAAUUUGUUUUCUCCCCUGUUGUUAUGGCAUACUUGUAUUACUGAUAUUAGCAGUCAUAUUAUCAAAUCCACAGUGACCACACAUUUGUUGAGCUUUAUGCUCUUGUGAAUAGCUUUGGUGAAAACCAUUGUAAUGUAAAACAUAAUGAUUUUUAUUCCCCCCCCCCUUCUCCCCCCCGUUCCUAGUACCAUAAUUCUCAAGUCCAGUAAGCCUCUUUAUAUUCCAGCUUUAACAUUGUAUUCCUCAAACCUUUCUAACAUCUAAUUUUUCCUUGAACAUAUUUAUAUUAUUCACAUCAAAAUCUUUCUUGUUAUCCUGUUUUAAAAUUGUUACAUUUUAGUUUAAAUUAUUUUCCUAAUUUCUGUAUUUUUUGAUAUCCUCUGAAGCGGAACAGUCACCGUGGCCCUGCAGUCUAAAACCAUGAAAGAAUCUUUUGGGGUCCCAGAGUAACCCCAAAAUACUCUUGAGCAGUCACAAUAGCUUAGUUAGUCAGCAUUUAGCUGAGUUGUACAGGGUAGAAUGUACACACAUUGUUAUUAAGUAAGGCCAGUAUCAGGCUGAUUGGGAUUUCGUGUGGUAAGUAAUGAAAUUAUGCUCAUGCACAUAAAACAGCUUGACAAAGAUAUAGAAGAGAGAUUGGAACGUUACCCCCAAAGUGUUCAGAAAAUAAAAGCAACCAAAGAAAACACCAUACAUUUGAUGUGGAGGAGCUGGUUUUGGACUUGGGUGGACAAAGUUAAAAAUCACACA